AUGUCGUCUCCAAUUGGAACGCCCAAUGGCUCGCUCCAGCCUCCACUUCCUCAACAGGUAGCUAACCUCAUCAACGGUGCUGCUUCCGGAAGAUCCUCUAGAGCAAGCUCGGAAUCAGGAGGUAACAGGAUCAGAAAGGACACGAUCGGCUACAAGUCAUCUCCUUUCCCAGCCAAGGCAGACCAACAAGCCAACGUAUCUCGUAUUCUCGCCGAGAGCGGAUUCAUGCCCCAAGAACUAGUGCAUGGCGAAGUGGAUUGGUUCUACAAUCAUCUCGGUAUUGAGAACUCUUACUUCCUUUGGGAAAAACCAGAGACGAUCGCGGAUCACGUUCUCGCUCUAUUCUCCGCUAAAUUAUUAGCUUACACCAAGCAUGAUCCCGAGAAACUCGUCAUCGAUCUUGAGAAGAUCACACCUGAGGGUCAAGAGAAGGGGAGAGAAGGAGCGGUCUUCAUCCACACUUCGAAAGCUGGUGUGACCGUAACGGAUGGUCCCGGUGGUACAGUAGAGAAGAGAAUCGAUUCUCUCUUCUUUGACGAAUCUUCACCUGAGAAAGCUUACCGACUCGAAACCUAUCGAUCGACCGGUGCUAUCUCCUCGACCAUCUCCCAACAACUCAGAUGUUACUUUGUCUCGAGAUGUUCUUUCCCUACUUCAGCACCUGUCAAGACUGCUGAAGGUACCACCGAAAUUAGAUCAGUCUCAGAUUCAGCUUUCCUCGAAAAGGCCAGUGAGAACACCUUGGAGGUCUACCAACAUGUCAUGAACGAAGUGGAGAGACGAUACGGACCUGUCAUUGAGAUGUUCGAGGUUGAAGAUUCUAGAGAGAGAAGAUUGGUCAUUGGUUACAAGAUGGGAGGUACAAGGAAAUUCUUCUCUGCGCUCAGUGACCUUUACCAUUUCUACGGUCUUUACUCUGCUCGAAAAUACGUUGAGCAAUUUUCAAACGGUGUGACCAUUAUUUCAAUGUACCUCAACCCCGUUCCCAACACCCGAGCUCCUCCUAUCGAACACUCGAUUCACCAAGUUGUCCGAGAAGCCUCUUUACUCUACUGUCUUCCCGAUAAUCCCUUCUUCUCCGUUGCCGAUGACGAUGACAGCCCUCACGCCGUCCAGGAAGCCACAUACGCCUAUGUCGGUUGGAUCUUCGCUCAACACUUCUGUAACCGACUUGGUUCAGCCUAUCUCGCGUUGAAGAAUGCUCUCGAUGAGUCUAAUCCUGACCACGCUGAGGUAUUGAACAAGAUCAAGACUAGAUUCAGAGAAGAGACUUUCACUAGAGAUAGUAUCAAAGAGGUUAUUCAGAACCACCCUGAUCUCGUUCGAAUGCUUUACAUCAACUUUGCCAUGGUACACUACCCAGCUGCCGAUGAAGCAUCUCAACUCACUCCUACCCUCUCUUUCCAACGACUCAAGACCGAACAACCUCUCACCGACGAGCAAUUGUACCAAAAGAUCAGGAGGACAGCUGCCAAUCAACACGCUGUACAAAUUCUCGAGGCGUUGCUCAUUUUCAACAAACACGUUCUCAAGUGCAACUUCUACCAACCUACCAAGGUCGCUCUUUCCUUCCGACUUGAUCCCAACUUCCUUCCAGAUGUGGAAUACCCGAAGAAACCCUUUGGUAUGUUCUUCAUUGUCGGAUCGGAUUUCCGAGGAUUCCACGUUCGGUUCAGAGAUGUUGCCAGAGGUGGUAUCCGAAUCAUCCGAUCAAGAAGUAAAGAGAACUACAAUUCAAACGUUAGAACGUUGUUCGAUGAGAACUAUGCUCUAUCUUCCACUCAAAACUUGAAGAACAAGGACAUUCCCGAAGGUGGUGCAAAGGGAACGAUCUUACCUGAUGUCAGUGCGAACUACAAGCAAUGUUUCGAGAAGUAUGCCGACUCAAUCAUUGACUUGCUUAUCCCCGGUAAAACACCUGGUAUCAAAGGGAAGAUCGUGGACGUCAGUGGAAGACAGGAUCCUGAAAUCCUUUUCUUUGGACCUGAUGAGAAUACUGCGGAUCUGAUGGACUGGGCAGCCCAACAUGCCAGAUCGAGACAGGCUCCAUGGUGGAAAUCUUUUACCACUGGUAAAUCUGCUGAGUUACUCGGUGGUAUCCCGCAUGAUACCUACGGUAUGACCUCUUUGUCUGUGAGACAAUACAUCCUUGGUGUUCUCAAGGCUCACGGACUCAACGAGAAGGACGUGACGAAGCUCCAGACUGGUGGACCAGACGGUGAUUUGGGUUCAAACGAGAUCUUACUUUCAAAAGACAAGACCGUCGGAAUCAUCGAUGGAAGUGGAAUCAUCUACGAUCCUGCGGGUUUAGACAGACGGGAGUUGAUCAGAUUGGCCAAAGGUAGAAAGAUGAUCGGUGAAUUUGAUCCUUCGAAAUUCGGUCCUGAUGGUUAUAGAGUAUUGGUAGAUGACAAAGAUUUGAAAUUGCCUUCCGGCGAGAUCGUCCCCGAUGGAACUCAGUACAGAAACGAAUUCCAUUUCCGAGUGAAAUGCGAUUUAUUCGUGCCAUGUGGUGGUCGACCUGAAGCAGUCAACAUCUCCAAUGUCAACCAGCUUAUCGACGCUGAGGGUAAACCUCACUUCAAAUACAUUGUUGAAGGAGCCAAUCUCUUCUUCACUCAACAAGCGAGAUUGUUCAUGGAGAAGAAAGGUGUCGUUCACUUCAAGGAUGCCUCGACCAACAAAGGUGGUGUCACUUCGUCUUCACUUGAAGUGCUUGCUGGAUUGGGAUUGAAUGAUGAAGAAUACUUGGAUCUGAUGGUUUUCAAAGAUGGAAAAUCUUCGCCAUUUUAUCAAAGUUAUGUUCGAGAUAUCCAAUCUAAAAUCUGCGAGAACGCCGCAGCGGAAUAUACGUGCAUAACGAAAGAAUGGUCGCGAAACAAGGGAACCAAAUCGCGAACCGUCAUCUCGGAUCAACUCUCCUCGACACUCAACGACUUGCAAAAUGAAUUGGAAGUUUCCGACUUGUAUGAGAACAUCGCAAGUAGGAAGAAUGUCCUUUCUAGAGCCAUACCGAAGACUUUAGUCGAUAAAGUCGGAUUGGAUACUUUGAUGCAGCGAUUACCUGAACAAUACCAACGAGCUAUUUGGUCUGCUUGGGUCAGCUCACAUUAUAUCUACGAAUGCUCACUGCAAGCUUCAAACGUCGAUUUCUUCCAUUUCUUCUCGAAGCUUUCCGCAUAG